CACUCGAACAAGAGAAGAGUACUUGUACUUUCGCAUCCGGAAAUUCGUUUUUCCUUGCAUCUGUCAAAUAGCUACCCAGAGCGAGCUGCUACUCACAUCUUUGUUACUCACUUCAAUUCUCUAUUGCUAGCAUGACGAGCGUGACCUCUGGGCCGAUCGAGCUGCUGGAGUUUCAUAUCGAAUUGUGCCUACGCACUCUUUUGGGGCAAAAGAUCAUUCCCCGCAGUCCUCUUCUUCAUCUAUCGACUGCUGGCUCUCGUUUAUGGCGCUUUAGCGGUUUCAGGAUCAACGAAUAUCUACUCACAAACUGUACCUGUGAAGGAGUAGAUAAUGCGCUUUACAGUCUUGAGUUCGCAACGGUGGCGAUGUCCCAAGUGGUCACGUUACUACGAGUAUAUGCAGUGACCGAUCGUGACUGGCGUCCUACCAUGACUAUUUUGUUGCUAGCCGUUGCGGUAUUGGGGCUCGAUAUUGUCAAAGACUUCGUGAACGAAUCAACCGGGGAAAUUCUUCUAGGAUCUACGGCAAUUUGCUACGCGUUCCCACAGAAUUCGUUUGCGAGCACCUACACGAAGUAAUAACAAUUGUCAUUCUUGUUAUUUCCGUGGUCCCCAGUGUU